AACAGGAUUACCUGAUUUUAUAUCUCCGAUAACGUUAAAAUGUAUAUAAAUCCUUCCAGGUUCUGCUGUAGAAUGUUGACAUUCAAGCUUUACGAUACAUCAUUCAACGAUUGAGAUCAUUUUGUUGAGCUUGGCUUGAUUCAAAUUUUAUGAUACUAUGGAGACCUCAUUGGUUGACAACCGGCGAACCCUGAUGCAUCGAGUGUGCGACACCUGUCAUGCCCGAAAGGUCAGAUGUGAUCGACAGAACCCUUGCGGAAAUUGUCAGGAUCAGAACACUUUAUGCACACGUCACCGGAGUAUGGCACGUGCUGAGAGAAGGGCCCCUCGACCGACGAAAAGAGCAAGCAGUGCAAAUCGAUCCUUUAAAGCAUCUCCCCCUCAGUCUUGGUCGAAACUAGGCUCAUCUCAUGGUCCUGUCGACCAGUCAACUCAAGUUUUGUUAUCAUGCACUUUGGAUGCCGACAGCUUACUGAUCGAGACACACGAGGCAACUCCAUGCUCAAACGCAAUAGAGGACUGUUCUUAUUCAGGCUCAGUUCUCGAUAUGGUCCCUAGUAUGAGCGGAUCCAAUGUUUCGGAAGAUCAACAAGGGCUCUUCGCGCAGCUUACAGAGCCUAGAGAAACGACAAUACAGGACUGGCUACUCCAGGAGGAUGGCCUGCAGGUCCUUCAUAACUUAUAUCCAUCCUUGAACCAAGAGCUUCAGCGGCCCAACCCGGUGGAUGGUCCUAAUGGUGUGCAGAUCCUUGGGCCAUGUUCAGCACCUGAGCUGCACGAUUGUGGGGGGGCCUUUAUAUCAGACAAUAAUUAUCUGCAAGUACAUAAUUACUUUGCUGACACAACAAGCUCCGGUAUGGAUGAUAUCAUUUUGGAUCAUUUCAAAUCGCUCGCAGCUACUACAGAACUCGAACAGGCCGCUGAGGCACCCCAUAAGCAAGCUGCGGCAAACCAGACUUCCAAUGACCAACUACUUAACUCCGAUCAACAUACCAAGCCUAACUGUUCUUUCAUACCAGACCAGAACCAAAUGAUUACACUUGCUGCGAGUAACAGUUUGCAGGAUAUUCCCGACACAGAUCAUGGCUGUCACUGCUGGAAAGAGCUAUAGUUUCAGGUCCCUGAUAGACAAACCAUUCAUGGCCUUCGUUUGUUUAGUCUUAGCUAAAAAUGAGUACCCUACCGAUGACUUCGUGUCAAGGUCGGAUUUCG